AUAAAGCCAUACACAACAGACAAUUAAGUGUAGAAAGACCUUUGGAGGAACAGAUUGCUGAAGCUGAGGCAGACAAGAAUAGGAAAACAGCUCCCACAGAAAAUAAGCCAGAGUUCAGGAAUUAUUCCUUUGUUGAUGACCUGAAUCUGCUAAAAUCAGUAGCAGAAAGAGAGAGGAAUGAAAAGGAGAGGGAGUCAAUUAGAAGCUCUUUGUAUGAACAGCAACUGGCCAUUGAUGAUGCAGACUCCACCAAGAACCGCAGGCUUGUGGAUGACUAUGACUCCACUAAAAGUGGGCUGGAUUAUAAAUUCCAAGAUGAUCCAGAUGGUCUUCAUCAAUUAGAUGGCACUCCUUUGACUGCUGAAGACAUUGUUCAAAAAAUUGCUGCAAGAAUUUAUGAGGAAAAUGAUAGAGGAGUGUUUGACAAGAUCGUUUCAAAACUUCUAAAUCUGGGGCUGAUCACAGAGAGUCAGGCCUAUACCCUGGAAGAUGAAGUGGCAGAGGUUUUACAACAGCUAAUUGCAAAUGAAGCAAAGGAUCGUGAGAAGGAGUCUGAAGAUUUUGAUUACCCUCCAAGCAGAGCAGACAGUGAUACAAAAGAAAAGCAACAGGAAAGAAUGACACCAAGCAAAGCUGAUCAGGAUAGUUUCAUUAAUGGAGAAAUGGAUGAUACACUGGAUAACACAUGGUCAUCAUCUAAUAUCUUGGAAAGAAGAAACGAGCUGCCUUCUGAAGAUAAUUUCGAAGAUCUCCAAUAUUUUCCAAACUUUUAUGCACUAUUAAAAAGUCUUAACUCAGAGACGGAGGCAAAAGAGAAAGAGACCUUGAUAACUAUCAUGAAAACCCUGAUAGAUUUUGUGAAGAUGAUGGUUAAAUAUGGAACAAUCACACCAGAAGAAGGAGUUUCCUAUCUGGAAAACCUAGAUACAAUGAUAGCUGAGCAGACAAAGAAGAAGCUUGAGAACCCUUCCAUUAAAACCAGAACAAAUCUACCACCAGCAGACAAGAGUAGUGAAGAAGCAGACAGUACAAAGGAAGAAGCAGCUAAAAUGGAAAAGGAAUACGAAAUCUCAAAGGAUUCUACAAAAAAUGAAGAACAAAAUGCAGCAGGGAACAGUGAAGAGCCCAGAGGGAAAGCUGAGGCGUAUUUGGAAGCAAUCAGGAAGAACAUAGAAUGGCUAAAAAGCCACAACAAACAAGGUAACAAAGAAGACUAUGAUCUUUCAAAGCUGAGAGAUUUCAUUGAUCAGCAAGCUGAUGCUUACGUGGACAAGGGCAUCCUGGACAAGGAAGAGGCUGAUGUUAUUAAACGCAUAUAUGGCAGCCUGUAAAAAGCUAGUGGCUGCCAAACACGUAGAAAAUUAGUUUAGCUUCCCCCACUCCCGGCUCAAUGACUUACGGUCGGUUAUUUUGAGGAUAUCAUUAGAAAUGCUCUGUUUACAUUGUACUGACAACUUUCUAGGCAGAAAUGAAGAGCUGUAGUGCUCCAUACACUGACUGCAUACUGUAUUUUCCUACACUCACAAAUCAACCCGUAACGCCAAAUUCUGACACUGAAUCUCUAUUUGACAGGGUAAAUAUUUAUGUAAUGUUCUCUUUGAUUUAUUAUUUGUAUUUGGUUUACUUUUGUAGAUGAACCAAUCAUUUCUGAUGGAAAGUUCUUCUAAUGCUACAUCUUUUUGCUCUCACUCCACUAGCUUUCUAUAGAUCCAACUAUGUAAAGGGCAUUAUUAGAAAAUAGUUCAUAGUUCUCUAAAUAAAAUAUUUGAAAAUAA